UGACAGUAAAUAACAUUGUGAGCUGUUCAAUUAACAAGAUAAGAUUGAAUAUGGUAAAUUGAAAGCACAAAUUCAGUUUCAAUCGAUGUAAGGAAUCAUUUACACUUUUCUUCGUGCACAAGUUUUGUAAAAAUGAAAAUUUUUCUUAGUUUACUGGCAAUUUUUUUUAUCACAGAUUAUGCUAAUAACUUUGGACAAAAACCUUUCGUUUCAGAACGAAAGGCAGCACUUUUGCGACCUGUUUUAAUAGUUCCGGGUUUGGCUAGCAACCGACUUCUACAAUCAAGGUCUUCUUGUUUCUAUGGUCCAAGAGUUUGGUACGCCUAUUCUCCUACAAGCCGUUGGAAUGAUUGUUGGAUAUCUACAAUUAAACUAAUUUAUGACAAUGGGACUGAUACUAUAGACGACGGGGAUGGAAAAAUAGAAUUAGAUCAGUUUGGGUGGACUAAUUCCAUGGAAAAUUUGAUGAGCGAUUUGCCAGACCAAUUUCCAAGGGCAAAUGUAUUUAGAAAAAUGGUCAAUCAUCUCAAAACAAAGGGCUUUGUGAAAGGCAAAACACUAUUUGGGAUCCCUCAAGACUGGCGGAAGUCAGUGACUGACGUUAAAUCUGAUUAUUAUGCAAAUUUUUAUGGCGUUUUGGAGAGCGCAGUAAGCCAGACUGGUGAAAAAGCAGUAGUCGUAUGUCACUCAUACGGCUGCAUUAAUCUUGCUGAAUUUAUAAAAAGAUACCCAAAAGAACAACUUACUGAUAAAAUCCAUAAAAUUAUAACUCUUGCUGCCCCAUGGGGUGGUUCCAUAUCUGCAUUGAGAGCCAUUUUAUCAGGGGACAAUUUAGGAAAGUGGCACCAUUCAUAUACAGUUUAUAACUUAGUACAACGAACAUUCACAUCGUUUGUUCAUCUUCUACCAUCGGAAGAUGUUCCAAAGAAAGAUCCGAUAGUCUGGAUCAAUGCAGUCCCCUAUAAUAUUUAUGAAAUGGACAAAAUUUUCGAAAAGGCCAAACUAGAUAAGAAAUUAUUAAAAUCCCGAAAUAAAAUUGCAACUUUAAUUAACGAGUUCGAUAAGCUUAAUGGCACCGUCUCCAUAGACUGUAUAUGUGGAGAUGAAGUUGAAACCCUGACAUCAUUAAGGUACCCUACCGAAAAACUUUCUAACGCAACAUUAAUCACUACCUCUAAUAAAAAAGGAGAUGGGACUGUGGGUUACGAUUCGCUUUCCCUAUGUGAGAAAAAAACAUAUAUGAAUUUUACUGUCAUCAAAAAUCUUAACCACAGCUAUAUCAUACAAGAAGAAGCAAUUUUUGACAGGAUUGUUGAAGUCGCAACUUUAACAAAUGAGUAAACAUUAUAAUAUUUUUAAAUAUCUUUUUUGUAAAAGGGGUUUAAAUUUUUGAUUUAAAGAAAUGGAACAUUUUUUGAUUUAAUUAUGUGCCUAAUUAAACAUAUACUAUUCUAU